CGCCUCCCGCUCUCAUUCUCUGUUUCUUGAAAGGUGCAACCAAAGUCCUCUAGACUUCUUCCGCAGCUUUCUCUCUCUUCAACCCUCCAGCCGUUUUUUGGGUUCUCCUCUAAAACCUUUUCCUCUCAAACCAUGACUCAAAAGGAAAACGCAACCCCAACACUCAAAUUCCUCUACAGUUAUGGUGGCAAAAUCGUUCCCCGCCCAUCGGACGGCAAACUCCGCUAUGCCGGCGGCUCCACUCGCGUUCUCGCCGUCGAUCGUUCCGUUACAUAUGCAGAACUGUUGGUAAAAUUCGGUGAAUCGUGUGGAUCUUCAAUGAUUUUGAAGUGCAAACUACCGACGGAGGAUCUCGACGUGUUAGUUUCAAUCAAAUCCGAUGAAGAAUUGCGUAUCGUGAUCGAAGAGUACGAAAGAGUGUCGCCGGAGUCGAAGAUCAGAGCCGUUUUAUUCCCGAUUAAAUCGGUGAAGAAAAUCUCGCCGCCGUCGUCUCCGGUGUCGUGUUUCGAUUUCCCUUCUAUUUCAAAGCCCUACGUGGCGGCCGCGGGGGCCCCACACUAUCAGAGAAAAUCGGCUGCGAUCGCCCCGCAGUAUCAGAAAUCCACUGCGGCGUACCGGUAUACAUCUCCAGUCGUUGGAUAUCCCGUCGCCGCGGCGGCGAGAAACUACUGCUACGAUGCGAGGAGUUCGAGGCAUCUGUACAAUGCGGCGCGAAGGAUUCACACUCAAUAGUUGUUGGAACCAAGAGAGGGGGAAAAAGAAGAAGUUGUUUCUAUUUUUUUCUUGAUGUGCUUCCUUUUUUUUUUUCCUUCAAUGAACAUAAACGGGGAAGAAAGAGUGAUUUACAAGACAUGAAAAUACAUACGAUUUUUUUUUCGUC